UGGCCAGCGCAUCUUCCCACCUCUUUCGCCACCGUCUCCGCCGCUCCGCCCAUCGCCUCCCUCCUCUACGCCUUCCUCACCGCAUCGACUCCGUCGCUUGGAGAAUCGUCAAGCACUCCAAAUGGCUCUCCGCGGCCGCGGCGAUUUCCAACAACCCCAGACACCGACCGUGGGCGCGUCCGAUCUCUUCGUCCCCCCUCGAUCCGUCACUUACUGCUGUGGCUCUUGCGGUUACGCUCUGAACCUGAGCUCCACCGACCGGCACAUGACCAAUAUUGGCUCCAAAUAUAGGAAGUCCAUCAAGAAGGGGAUCGUCUCGUUCAUAUCGGUGGACGAGAGCCGCUUCUCUCAGGUGGAGGAGCUCCGCUGUCGUCCCUACUUCAAAUCGAGACAUGAUUGGGGGUUCUUGAGACGGAGGGCCAAAUUGUUCUGCCGAAACUGUCGAAACUUCGUCGGCGUUGGAUACGAAGAAGGUAUCCCCUCUCCGGACGUUGCUUCCGGGGACGGGAAGAAGUAUGAUAUCAUGAUUAGGGCGCUGCAGCCGUCGUCUUCCAAAUAAACUUGUGCAGGUGAUAUAACAUUGGUUCCUAUGACAUAGACAAUGAACUUCAUAAGUAAUUUGCUGUUUGACUCACAGAUGAAGCUUUGCUGAAACAAUUUGAAGAAGGCAGCAAUGCUUGUAAACGACAAGAACUGGAAGUGCAUCAGGUUUGUUGCCCAAAAUGGAUCGAAAGAAGACACAUUCAAUUUUAUCUCAAAAGCCACAAGUCUUUGAGCUUCAAAGAAGUGGAGAAAUGGUUGAAUCACAAAAAGCAGCAGCGGCAAUACUUAUGAGCUAAUUCUGACCUCGUUGCAUUUGAACAAAACUGGAAUCAUCAGAGCUGCAAUGAUCAAGAAGUAUGCUGAAGAACUCCCAGCCGGCACGAGUCUGAUCUUGAACUGCAAAAGAGGUCCAGGGUUUUAGCAGCAAGGGAGUAGUCUCAACACCCGAGUGAUCUCGGUUGGCCACAUAAAGGUGCUAGAUCUAGUCGUUUGCCCUUGAGAUGCAUUAUGCUGCAAGUGCGGUUAGACCGGAUACAUAUGUUUGGAGGUCCAAUGAUGCCUCUUUUCGUCUCCUAAACUUGCAGUCAGAGUAACAGUUUCUAGCUAGACACAAGUAGGGAGAGCAUCAAAUUUUGGCCAUCCAGUUCAUGCUUGCACUUGUGAUUCAACAAAGACAAUGUAGAUUGUUGUCAUAAUGGAAAGAGAUAAACCUUCAUAGUUUAAACUUCCAACACA